AUGCUGUGCCUGCUGCUGACCGUGCUCGCCCACCUCUUCCCGGCUGUCCCGCCGGCCCGCGCGCAGGUGUGGCAGGGGCUGGACGUGGUGCGCGCCUCGAGGACGCUCAUCGGGGCCACCGACCCGGCCGACGCCGCGCCUGGCACCAUCCGCGGGGACUUCUGCGUCGAGGUUGGCAAGAACGUGAUCCACGGCAGCGACUCGGUGGAGAGCGCCCGCCGCGAGAUCGCGCUCUGGUUCCGCGGCGACGAGCUGCUGUGCUGGGAGGACAGCGCCGGGCACUGGCUGUACGAGUAGCCCCUCCGGCCCCUCCUGUUUGCGGCCCGCCCUGGCCCGCAGCUUUGACCAGCAUUUCUUUGCACAAUAAAGUGAAGCAAAUCCUUAA